AUGGACAUAGCUAGGCCUAUGAUUCAUGUACAACAGGUAGAUGAGGACAAGUUAAAAGAUAAGAAAAAGUUCUGCAGCAAGAGGGUUAAGGCAACAAAUCAUGAGUUUGGCCAGCAAAAGACUAGGAAUGGGCAUCGGUCAUCUUUCCAGCAAAGGUCAUUUGGACUUGCUCCAUCGUCAGCUAGUGUGCUGCACCAAGAAAUAGGAAUGAUCAGAGGAAUUAGAGUUCUCAGAAUUUCAGAGCUCAGGACGAGUCAUUUUAUGAGAGAAUUCCCUAAGAACAGACAGGGUAAUGAGGGCAAUAGAGCCCAAUCUUCUUUAGCAGCUCUAGCAGAGAGUAAUUCCCAAAGAACAACUACUUCAGGAACAUACGGAGGUACAAACUGUCUAUAUGCUAUAGCUAGUUGCCAGGAUCUGGAGAACUCACCAGAUGUUGUCACUGGUAUGGUGCGAGUUUCUCUUUUUGAUCCUUAUGUAGCCAUAAAGUUCGGCAUUAACUCCGAACAACUUCUUGAACCCUUUAGUGUUUCCACACCUUCUGUUCCAGUUGUGAGUGAGUUUUUAAAGGUCUUUCUAGACGAUCUUCCCGGAUUCCCUCAUAUAAGAGAAGUAAGCUUCAGAAUUGAUAUUCUUCCUGAUACUCAACCCGUUUCUAUUCCGCCAUAUAGAAUGACUUCAGUUGAGUUAAAAGAGCAGUUGAGAAAUCUUAUUGAUAAGGGUUUCAUCUGA